UGGUGCUUAAGGCACAUGCCGAUAACCCCUUGUCACAACGCAGAUAAUCACACAGCCGAGAUAGCACGCCUGACAACAAGAGAUGCCAUAGUAGGCUCAACUAUGAAGGCCAAGAUAAAGCUGCGCGUCUACGAUGCGAUCCUCAAGGACCUGAAGCUGAGGACUGCCUUGUUCACUCCAGAAGGCCACAUCGUGCCAUGCAUUGACGGGUUCGGAAGCUGCGUGUACGACCUCUGCAAGGAGAACAAGAACACGACGAGGCUUUUGGGUAACGGAACAAAGCCAGAGAACACUGCCAAGUGUCCCAUCCCCCCGGGUACCUACUACCGCACGCUGGAGUUCAAGCUCUCGCCGAAGCUGAACAAACACAUUGGGAACGGUGAACUUCUCGGGACUAUGCGACUUGAGAGCGGAACCAAGGUGGUCGCGUGCCACGCCCAUUUCAUGGUGCUCUACCCAACGAAGCCAAAGGUGAAGGAAUGGUACUAGACGGCACUCUCUGCGAAAUUCGGCUCAUCAACCACCUGAACGGUUCACCGCUUCGCGACACAAUAAAUGGAAAGAAAGGAGCACGGCUAUAAGAUUGAA